AUGUCGAAUCUGGAUAUGAGCGAGACACUAGUUUCACCUACUACAGAGACUGAGUCUCAUGAUUGCAUGACCGGGGACGACGCCUUGUGCCAGGCUAUGCUGAGGAUAUUAGAGAGGGUUGCUGGGCCCAACACUAGAUCUGGGGGCCGAGGGUCAGUUACAGAACGACUCUGGUCCAAUGGGGUUAGGCUAUUCAGGGGUGUCACUAGAGUCGCCCCUAGCAUGGCCGAGUACUGGAUGGAGGCCACUGUAAGAAUCAUGGACGGUUUGGACUUUACCCCUGAACAGAAAUUGAAAAGGGUUGUUUCCUUACUUCGCGAUGAAGCAUACCAAUGGUGGCUGGCCGUUAAGGAGGGCACUCAGCCUGAACGAAUAACUUGGGAUUUCUAUAAGCUUACUUUUAAAGGUAAAUAUGUGAGGGCAAGCUACGUUGACUCUAGAAGACGAGAGUUUCUGAAUCUCACGCAAGGGGAUCGUUCAAUGGCCAAGUAUGAGGCCGAGUUUCUGAGAUUGAGCCGAUAUGAAUGA